AGGAAAUCAGCUCUCAAACUGCUCUCGCGAAAGUCUUUAUUUUUUAAUUCAAUGAUGGUACUUUUAACCUAAAGUUUCAAAUCACUACAUUUCCUGGAGAACCCUCCCUGGGAACUGAACUGUCUGCGCUUGCGUGCGUGCGUUCGUGAGCGCGCGACGUGAGUCCUGCCAGUUAGAAGAGCUCUCCGCCGGAUGCCCCAGAUGCUCCAGUCUCUGCUAGAGUAAGUAGGAAUUGAAAACUGAAGUGAAAGUCCUACAUGUAGAGUUGUCUAUAUCCUAUUUUUACGCCGUGAAAACGAGCCAAGAAACCAACCGAGAGCGAGAAGGGACAAAGGACGACGUUUGACUUUUUUGAACGGUUCUGGAGCAUUUUUUUUUUUCUAAAAAGAGGAUGUUUAAAAGUGUGGACUUGGUGUGUUUAUGCUGCCUUUUUCUGGUUGUCGAAUGCCUAGCAGGAAUCAUCCAACCACCACAGAACUUGUCCCUGUCCUGGUCUAGUGAUUUUUGGCCUCAGUUGAACUGGACAUCACCGCCACAUUCAAUGGAAAACUGCAGCUAUGAAGUGGAAUCACCAGAGGGCUGGCAGAAUACGGUCAAUACCACUUUCUGGACAAAAUUCAGAGUGAUGGAGGGAGGAAAACUAAAACUGUCUGUCAGAACUGUCUGUGGUCAGGAGGAGAGUGAUUGGGUUUCAGUCACCACCCCUUACCCAGACCUGGUAGAAAACUUUACGUGCUCCCUCGAGUCUUCACAGCUGACCUACUGCACCUGGAACAAGGCCAAUAACACUCAGGACAUUUGGUUUUACUAUCAGUUAUUUGAUGAGUUAUCACGAGAUAAAACUCCUUUGACAGAGUGCUCAUCGUACAGAUGCUCCGAAGGCAUCAAAACUGGCUGUGAUCUGAAGGCGACAACCACCCAAACCAUGAACAUUCUGCUUAAUGGAACCGUGGACAACGAGCCUGUCAGGAACACGUUCAGUAGCUUGCUUAAAAAGAAUGUAAAACCUCGUCCCCUCAACUGGACCGUCACUAAAGAUAAUAAUGAAUUCGUGAUUCAUUGGAGCCCUCCUGACAUCAAUGAUGGAUGGACAUGGACGUAUAAGAUUAAGUACACCAAGUGUAAUGAAGAAAAUGAGCGCAGACAAACAGGAGGAAUGUCUCUUAGGCUGGAUAUUGUCCCUCAAUGUCCGUACAGGAUGCAGAUUAAAGCAACGCUUGAUUACAGUUUGAAUGGCAUAGAGACGCCAUGGAGUGAAUUCAAAGACUUCGAUGCAGAAACAGAUCCCAAUGCAAUGCUGUAUGCUGUAAUUAUCAUCCCAUUGAUAGUUGCUGGCCUGGUACUCUUUAUCUUCAUGUGUUGCAGGAAGAAUAAGGACAAAAUUUUCCCUAAGAUACCAGAACCGCGGGACCUCCUCAGCGAUAUUUCAGACAACAACAACAAGAGUACUCUACACAACCUGUACAUCCCGGCAGAGGAAGAAGACACUUGCAGGAUCACUCUGGUGAUGGAUCCCCACACAGAAAAAAACAUCUCCUGAUAAACCUCGACGAUUUCUGUUUGCAGCAGCUCAAUAUCUCUCACAUCCAUCUCCUGCUGAGAGAUUGUAUUACUUAGCUUAUAAAUCCUGGUGAUUGUUUUUGGUGGAAACUUUAGUAAAAGGUUUUUCAGGCCUUUAAUCAGACACUGUUUAUCAUGUGAUCAGAUGAACUUCAACAGUGCCCUGCUGCCCUCCUGCAUGUAGUUGUUUUCAGACUGAUGCAGCUGAAAUUCUUAAAGUUUUUUACUGUUAUUUUGAAUAUGCAGACGUUAGUUACACUGAAUUGUCUUUAUCAGGACAGGAACAUGAGGGCCAAUAUUCCAUCAGUACCUUGUAAAUAUUUAAUAUGUUUGAUGCCCUGUUAUACUAAUGCACACCACAAUCCAUCUUUUUCAUAGUACUAUAAAAGUUUUUGUAUGCUAUGUACAUUUAGAGUGGAAGAGAUAAACUCCUUCAAUAAUAGUAUACAAUAACAAUAAUAAUAACAAUUUAUUAGGCCUGUAGUCAGCCAAAGAAAAACUUGGCCUGAAAUUACGCCCACACACUGACCAAACAAUGAGUCAUUCAGGUAAAAAAAAAAAAAACAAAGAAAAA